GUUUCCUGUUGCGGAAGUGAGAAACUCUGCUGAAACUCAACGACAUCCUGAUUUUCGCGCAGUUUUCUUGCUAUUUGUGUUUUAGCCAUACCUUUUCUAUAGCUAUAAUAUCGCAAGAAUGACAGACACGGGAAAUCGUUUGCGUAAAUUGCUGGAAUCCCCUAAUUUUGACCCUCAAUCACACGUGAAGCAGCUCUCGCAGCAGUCUGAUGGUGACCGGGAUUUACAGGAGCACCGUCAGAAAAUACAAACACUAGCCGACGAAACCGCACAAAACCUGAAGAAAAAUGUCUACAAAAACUACAGACAGUUUAUUGAGACGGCUAAAGAGAUUUCAUACCUGGAAAGUGAGAUGUAUCAGCUGAGUCACAUUCUCACUGAGCAGAAGAGUAUAAUGGAGAGCAUUACACAGUCUCUCCUGUCCACUGACAAAGAUGAAACAGCCAAAGAGAUGCUGGCAGCCUUCCCCAAAGAAACAGAAGAGGUGAAACAAAGGACCCUUACCACACUUCUGGAAAAAGUGGAGGGAUGCAACAACAUCAUGGAUACUCCAGGCAGAUAUCUGGUCUAUAAUGGUGAUCUGUUGGAGUAUGAUGCAGAUAACAUGUCACAGAUCCAAAAAGUCCAUGCGUUUCUGAUGAACGAUUGCCUGCUCAUCGCAACAUGGCUGGCAAACAGACGCGGAGCUGUUAAAUACAAAUACAAUGCUUUGUACGAUCUGGAAAGCUUUGCUGUUGUUAACGUAAAAGACAACCCUCCGAUGAAAGACAUGUUCAAAAUCCUCAUGUUCCCUGAGAGCCGCAUCUUCAAAGCUGAGAACAGCAAGAUCAAGAAGGAGUGGCUGGAGAUCCUAGAAGAAACUAAGAAAAACAAAGUGGCAAAAGACAAGCAUAAAAAGGAAGAGGAGGUGCCGACGUCACCGGUCAGGCAGGAAGUCUCCACAAACCCGUUCGAUGUGGAGGAGCCUCUGGAUUCAGAGGAGAUGGUGGAUCUGAGCCCCGAAUGGAUCCAGGAGCUGCCUGAGGACCUGGAUGUUUGCAUUGCUCAGAGAGACUUUGAGGGUGCUGUUGAUCUCCUGGAUAAGCUGAAUGAAUAUCUCAAGGAGCAGCCAGUGAGUCCACGUGUGAAGGAGCUAAGAGGCAAGGUGGAUGAGCGUGUUCGACAGCUGACAGAGGUGUUAGUUUUCGAGCUUUCCCCUGACCGAUCCCUCCGUGGCGGACCCAAAGCCACACGGCGAGCUGUCUCGCAGCUUAUUCGCCUGGGCCAAUCCACCAAGGCCUGUGAGCUCUUUUUGAAAAACAGAGCUGCGGCAGUACAAACUGCCAUCUGGCAACUUCGCAUUGAGGGUGCCACGCUGCUUUACAUCCAAAAACUUUGCAACAUCUUUUUCACAAGCUUACUUGAGACUGCUAGGGAGUUUGAGAUGGAUUUUGCAGGCAACACUGGCUGUUACUCAGCAUUUGUGGUCUGGUCUCGUUCAGUGAUGAAAAUGUUUGUUGAUGCCUUCAGUAAGCAGGUGUUCGACAGCAAAGAGAGUUUGUCAAUGGCUGCAGAAUGUGUUAAUUUUGCCAGUGAGCAUUGCAAGCAGUUGAGUGAGAUCGGCCUGGAUCUUACCUUCAUUUUACAGUCACUACUGGUGAAAGACAUCAGAGCAGCUCUCCAAAGCCAGAAAGACAUUAUCAUAGAGGCCACCAAGCACCGUAACUCUGAGGAGAUGUGGCGUAGGAUGAACCUGAUGACUCCAGAGGCUCUUGCAAAACUUAAGGAAGAAAUGCGGAGCUGCGGGAUCAGCAGCUUUGACCAGUACACGGGUGAAGACUGCUGGGUCAACUUGAGCUACACCAUUGUAGCCUUCACCAAGCAGAUGAUGGCCUUCCUUGAAGAGGGGUUGAAGCUGUACUUUCCUGAGCUGCACAUGGUGUUUCUGGAGAGCCUGAGGGAGAUCAUACUGGUAGCCGUACAACAUGUUGACUACAGCCUGCGGUGUGAGCAGGAGACAGAGAAAAAGGCCUUCAUUCUCCAGAAUGCAUCGUUCCUGCAUGAAAUGGUGCUGCCUGUUGUGGAGAGGAGGUUUGAGGAAGGAGUGGGCAAACCAGCCAAACAGCUGCAGGAUCUGAGAAAAAGCUCUCGGACCGUUAGGGUCAACCCUGACAGCACCACGUCUCUUGUUUAAUAGAGACUGAAUUCAAUAUUGAUCAAUAAGACCACUCAUUCACUUCAUCUACAAUCUCAAUGCAUUUCACUUAGUACACUCAUAGUCAUAUUUUUGGUGUUGUGAUGUACUCUCCAAUUCUUUAUCACAAUUAAAAAUUGUUUAACACUUAAACUCAUAAUAUUAAAUGUAUUAAUUGUGCUUUAUACACCGAUCAGCCACAACAUUAAAACCACCUGCCCUAUAUUGUGUAUGUCCCCCUCGUGCCACCAAACAGCGCCUACCCACAUCUCAGAAUAGCAUUCUGAGAUGCAAUUCUUCUCACCGCAAUUGUACAGAGCGGUUAUCUGAGUUACUGUAGACUUUGUCAGUUCGAACCAGUCUGACCAUUCUUGGUUGACCUCAUCAACAAGGCAUUUCUGUCCACAGAACUGCUGCUCACUGGAUGUUUUUGUUUUUGACACCAUUUGGAGUAAAUUCUAGAGACUGUUGUGCAUGAAAAUCCCAGCAAUUACAGAAAUACUCAAACCAGCCCAUCUGGCAACACCAAUCACGCCACGGUCCAAAUAACUGCGAUCACAUUUUCCCCCAUUCUGAUGGUUGAUGUGAACAUUAACUGAAGGUCUUGACCUGUAUCUGCAUGAUUUUAUGCACUGCACUGCUGCCACAUGAUUAGAUAAUCGCAUGGAUGAUUGUUGGUGCAAGAUGGGCUGGUUUGAGUAUUUCUGUAACUGAUGGUCUCCUGGGAUUUUCACACACAUAGAGCAGUCUCUAGAAUUUACUCAGAAUGGUGCCAAAACAAAAAAACAUCCAGUGAGUGGCAGAUCUGCAAAUGGAAAUGUUUGUUGAUGAGAGAGGUCAACAGAGAAUGGCCAGAUUGUUCGAACUGACAAAGUUUAUGGUAACUCAGAUAACCGCUCUGUACAAUUGUGGUGAGGGUUGGCGCUGAUUUGGCAGCACGUGGGGGACCUACACAAUAUUAGGCAGGUGGUUUUAAUGUUGUGGCUGAUUGGUGUAGAGCUGCAGGUGUUGAUUCUUCGUUUAGAAUUAGCUGUAUAUUAUAAAGCAAAUGCAAAUGAAUGUUACAGUACCUGAACAUGUUUCUUAAAUUUCACCCAAAAAUGAAAUUACUGUCAUCAUUUACUCAAGCUCUUAAUGUUCCAAAUCUGUAUGGCUUCCUUCUGGGGGACUAGGGAUAGGCGAUACCACUUUUCUUUUUGAUCUAAUACCAAGUACCAUCAAGGCCAAUAUCAAUACUUCUUUUUUAAAGUUCUGAGGAUAAAAUGACUAAUUUUAGCCAUUUCGUAUAUUUAAAAGCUGUCAUUUUAACAUGUAUAUGCCUGAACUGUAAAUUAUCAGUCCUAUGUUUUUGUUUAUGGUUUAAUAACAACAAUUUUAAAGCAUUAUCAAUAUAUUAAUUUAAAUAAAAUCAAAGCAUCACAAAACCCAUUAUUAUUGUCACAUUUAGCUUUGUUGUCAUGAAGUGUGAAAUAAGUGUGAUCCGCCCAUCUUACGUGGAACACAAAAGAUAAACUAUCCCUUUGAAAAACCACAUUCCAAACUAUUUGUCUUUUCAAACGUAAUAUAAUUUACCGUUAUACGUAAGCAAGAUUUUGUUCCUUUUGUUCAAUUGACAUAUUAAUGUGCAUUAAAAUCACAUCUGAUCAAAGAACAUAUGAAUAAGUUGCAUUAAUUUUAUUUAUUUUUCAAAUGUAGUGCCCCCUGAUGUCCAUGAAAUAGUUCAAUGUUCAAAUAGUUCAAUAGAAAAACGUAUCUGUAAGACUGGAUACGUUUUUCAAAGCUACAUCAAUGACCCCCUGUGUUGAAAAUACACCUUUCAUUUGUUUCUCCUUAUUACUGCUGUUUUGGUUCUCUGCAAAUCUAAACAUCCCUUGAUCAAAUAUUCACAAGGUCUUUCUGACCAUGUUUUUGUUGUUUUAAAGGUACUGGCACGCAAUGCUCCUUUGUUUUCAAUGAUAUAAGGAAAAUGUUUGUUGUGCUGUUAUUAACUAUUUAAAACAAGAACUUGAAUGCAUGAAGUAAU